UCGAAUUACUGCAGAAAUCCUGACAAUGAGAGAAUGCCUUGGUGCUACACGACGGACCCCGGCACUCGAUGGGAGUACUGCAAGGUGCCGACCUGUGGAAAUGAGCCUGUCCCAGCCCCUAAACCUCCCACGAUCUUGGAGGAGCUGACCUGUGCCACCAGGGAUGGCAGUGCCUACAGGGGAACCAUCUCCGAGACAAGAUCGGGGAAGACCUGCCAGCUCUGGGCCUCUCAGAAUCCACACGAGCAUUCCAGGACACCAGAGAACUACCCGUGGAAGGGGCUUAAAUCGAAUUACUGCAGAAAUCCUGACAAUGAGAGAAUGCCUUGGUGCUACACGACGGACCCCGGCACUCGAUGGGAGUACUGCAAGGUGCCGACCUGUGGAAAUGAGCCUGUCCCAGCCCCUAAACCUCCCACGAUCGUGGAGGAGCUGACCUGUGCCACCGGGGAUGGCAGUGCCUACAGGGGAACCAUCUCCGUGACAGGAUCAGGGAAGACCUGCCAGCUCUGGGCCUCUCAGAAUCCACACGAGCAUUCCAGGACGCCAGAGAAGUACCCGUGCAAGGGGCUUAAAUCGAAUUACUGCAGAAAUCCUGACAAUGAGAGAAUGCCUUGGUGCUACACGACGGACCCCGGCACUCGAUGGGAGUACUGCAAGGUGCCGACCUGUGGAAAUGAGCCUGUCCCAGCCCCUAAACCUCCCACGAUCUUGGAGGAGCUGACCUGUGCCACCAGGGAUGGCAGUGCCUACAGGGGAACCAUCUCCGAGACAAGAUCGGGGAAGACCUGCCAGCUCUGGGCCUCUCAGAAUCCACACGAGCAUUCCAGGACACCAGAGAACUACCCGUGGAAGGGGCUUAAAUCGAAUUACUGCAGAAAUCCUGACAAUGAGAGAAUGCCUUGGUGCUACACGACGGACCCCGGCACUCGAUGGGAGUACUGCAAGGUGCCGACCUCCCCUAAACCUCCCACGAUCGUGGAGGAGCUGACCUGUGCCACCGGGGAUGGCAGUGCCUACAGGGGAACCAUCUCCGUGACAGGAUCAGGGAAGACCUGCCAGCUCUGGGCCUCUCAGAAUCCACACGAGCAUUCCAGGACGCCAGAGAAGUACCCGUGCAAGGGGCUUAAAUCGAAUUACUGCAGAAAUCCUGACAAUGAGAGAAUGCCUUGGUGCUACACGACGGACCCCGGCACUCGAUGGGAGUACUGCAAGGUGCCGACCUGUGGAAAUGAGCCUGUCCCAGCCCCUAAACCUCCCACGAUCUUGGAGGAGCUGACCUGUGCCACCAGGGAUGGCAGUGCCUACAGGGGAACCAUCUCCGAGACAAGAUCGGGGAAGACCUGCCAGCUCUGGGCCUCUCAGAAUCCACACGAGCAUUCCAGGACACCAGAGAACUACCCGUGGAAGGGGCUUAAAUCGAAUUACUGCAGAAAUCCUGACAAUGAGAGAAUGCCUUGGUGCUACACGACGGACCCCGGCACUCGAUGGGAGUACUGCAAGGUGCCGACCUGUGGAAAUGAGCCUGUCCCAGGUAGACUUCCCUGA